AUGUAUUCUAAGAAAAUUGUACCAAUAUUUAAGAAGAGCGCGUAAAAAAAUUAUAAGAUUUCUUUAACAAAGGUAAUAGAGUGUAUUUAGAAUAGGAAUUUAAUUACAAAAUUUUAAUUAGAAUGAAGAAGCUAUUGAAUUUUUUAAUUAAACUAUUUAAUUAGAUAAUAACCAUAAAUAGGCCUUUUUUAACAAAGGUAUCAAAGUUUUAAAUAUAAAUAGGAAAAUCCUUAUUUAUUCUUCAAAAAUAUUUGGAGGCAAUAGAAUGUUUUGAUUAAGUCCUUAAAAUUGAUAAUAAAAGCAAAAAUGCCCUUAUCAAAAAAGGUAAAUGUAAUUGUAAUAAUUUUUAAGGAUAGGCAUUAUUAUAUUUAAAUAGGUUUACAGAAGCUUUGAAUUGCUUUGAUUAAGUUUUAGAAUUGUUUCCUCUAAAUAAAUAAGCUCUUUAGAAAAAAGGUAAGCAUCAAAUAAAAUAGUAUCAGCAAACAUAUUAGUGGGUUUAAAAAAAUAUUCAGAAAGUAUAAAUUUCUUCAAUAAAUUAAUCAGCUUAGAUUUGAAAAACCCAAAAAUAUUUUAUCAAAAAGGUUCUUGAUAUAUUAUUUUUAGGGAAUGCCUUACUAUAAUUGGAAUAGUAUUCAAAUGCAAUUUAAUGUUACGAUAAUGCUAUAAAUAUUUCUCCUAAUUUUAUUGAAGCGCAUUAUUAUAAAAGUAAUUGAUUUAUUCCUAUUUCAAAGGUUAUGCAUUAAUUUAAUUAUAAUAAUUUUUUGAAGCUGUUAGAGCUUGUGAUUAGGUUUUAGCUUUAGAAUCCAAACAUAGCUUAGCCUUAUUGAAUAAAGGUAAUAUUUAUAAAUUAAUUUAUAAAUAUCAGCUUUUUCAUUACAUAAAUUGAAAUAAUAUGAUUAAGCUCAAAAAUGUUAUGAAGAAUCCAUUUAACUAAACUAUAAUAGUUAUGAAGCUCAUAAUAAUUAUGGUAUUACUAAGAUGUGCAUACUUAGGAUAUCUAUUAAAAGAGAAAGGAAGUUAUAGAAAGGCAAUUAAAAGUUUUGAUGCAGCAAUUUAAAUAAAUUCUAAUUUAAAGUUAUCAUAUUUGAAUAGAGGUAUAUAUCCUAUUUAUUAAAGGAAAAUGUUUAGAAAUAUUGGAUAAAAAUGUUUAAGCAAUCAAUGAUUUUAACUUAACCAUUAAGCUUGAUCCUAAUUGUUCAAAAGCAUAUUAUGAGAAAGGUAAUUAAAUCUACUAUUUUAAGCAAAAAUAUUACAUAAAAUUUAAUCAAACAGAAAAGCAAUAGUAUAUUGCCGAUUAGCAUAAUAAUAUAAUUCUUUCGAUGAAAUUGAAAUAGCAUUAAAAUCUAAGAUCAUAAAAAAUUAAAUAUGA